GGAGAGCUUCAGAGAGCUUUCCUUAGCACCUGUCUGCAAAGACUGCAUUGUUCUCCUUUGCACCUCUUUUAUGUAAUCUAGCUUAACGAGCUGUCUAGCUUGAGUGUAGGUGUUUUGUGUCAUUAAAAGAAUCCAAUCAAGGCUGUUCUAUAAUCUUGUAAUAAGGACACCAAGACCCCUUUAGGCUCUGCAUUACAAGAAAUACAAACCAACAAGGGGCACCGAGCAGCCUCUGUGACCGAAGCAAACAGGAUCAAAUCUGAGAAAUAUAGGCCUCCUCCAUCUUCACAUUACUGCUCCUUCUUGAAGGAGGGUUAUUCUCCUCGUCCUCCCCUUCUUCCUCUGGAAUGUUAGAGAAUAUCUUUCAGUACAUUGAUCUUCAUCAAAAUGAAUUUAUUCAGUUGCUUAAGGAGUGGGUGGCCAUUGAGAGUGAUUCUGUUCAACCCCUGCCUCACUUCAGACAAGAAAUCUUCAAAAUGAUGGACAUAGCUGCAGAUAAGCUUCGGCACUUAGGAGCCUCUGUAGAUUUAAUAGAAAUGGGACCUCAACAGCUACCUGAUGGUCAGACCCUUCCAAUACCUCCUAUUCUUCUAGCUGAACUUGGUAAUGAUCCAAAGAAACCCACAGUGUGUUUUUAUGGUCAUUUGGAUGUUCAGCCUGCCAAAAAAGAGGAUGGAUGGAAUACAGACCCUUUCACCCUGGUAGAAGUUGAUGGAAAACUUUAUGGACGAGGAACAUCAGACAACAAAGGACCUGUUUUAGCUUGGAUUAAUGCAGUGGUUGCCUUCAAAGCCCUAAACCAAGAUAUCCCAGUGAAUAUUAAAUUCAUUAUUGAAGGAAUGGAAGAAGCAGGUUCAAUUUCAUUAGAUGAGCUUGUCAGAAGAGAAAAAGACCGUUUCUUCUCCAGUGUUGACUACAUUGUCAUGUCAGACAACCUGUGGAUUAGCAAGAAGCCGGCACUCACCUAUGGAACCCGAGGAAACAUUUACUUCACUGUGGAGGUGAAAUGCAGGGAUCAAGAUUUUCAUUCAGGAACUUUUGGGGGCAUCCUCAAUGAGCCAAUGGCUGAUUUGGUUUCCCUUCUUGGAAGCCUGGUAGAUUCUUCAGGUCAUAUUCUGAUCCCUGGAAUCUAUGAUAAUGUGGCUCCCCUUUCAGAAGAGGAAAAGAAGAUGUAUGAAACUAUUGACUUAAACCUAGAAGAAUAUCAAAAUAGUAGCCAAGUGGAAAAAUUCCUAUUUGACACUAAGGAGGAAAUCCUCAUGCACCUGUGGCGCUACCCAUCUCUUUCUAUCCAUGGGAUUGAAGGAGCAUUUGAUGAACCAGGAGCUAAAACAGUCAUACCUGCCCAAGUAACAGGAAAAUUUUCAAUCCGUUUAGUGCCUCAUAUGAAUAUUUCUGUUGUGGAGACACAGGUGAAAAAGCACCUUGAGGAUAUAUUCUCUCAGCGUAAUAGUUCCAACAAAUUGAAAAUCACUAUGAUACUGGGAGUCCAUCCAUGGAUUGCUAAUAUUCAUGAUCUUCAGUAUGUGGCUGCAAGAAGAGCAAUUAAAACAGUGUUUGGAGUAGAUCCUGAUAUGAUAAGAGAUGGAUCAACUAUUCCAAUUGCUAAAACAUUCCAGGAUAUUAUCCAAAAGAGUGUGAUGAUGCUACCACUAGGAGCAGUUGAUGAUGGAGAACACUCUCAGAAUGAGAAAAUAAACAGGUACAACUAUAUAGAGGGAUCCAAAUUGUUUGCAGCAUUUUUCCUGGAGAUUGCUAAAAUGCAUUCAUAACUUACUCAAGCUUCCAACCCCAAGACUACAAAACUGCCAGACCCUACUGGACAAGGUUGUUUAAAUCGCUUCAUUUAAAAUAUCUUGGGAAAUUUGGACAAAUAAUAAUAAAACAUUCUGAAAGCAAAGAUGUUAAAAAAAUAUGAUGAUACUUGUCAUGUGGUCCUAAAGUCUAAUUACCUUCAGCAAUCUAAUUCUUACCUCUAUCUUGCUGUUACAAAAAGGAUGCCAGUUAGGUCCAUUUUAACCUUUUGAAUAGGUUAAGAACAAGAUAAUUACUUUAAUUAGAUUCUCAGCUUGCAAUCUGAUCAGUACAAAAUUAGCCUGGCCUUCUUAACCUGAACCACUUAUGAUGCCUAACAAUACUAACAAUUCUAUCCCUCUGCAGUCAAUCAUUACCUAGCACUUACUAUCCCCAAGAUAUCUUUUUAUAUUAUUAAUAAAAAUGCUGGUCUCCACCACUGAUUACACUGAUUUCCCUAUGGAUUCAUUUUCAGAAAAGUUACUAUAGCAUGGCAGAAUAUUAACCUCUUACCUCCAUUUCAUUUAUUUCUGCUGUAUAAAAAGUUCUGAACUGAAAUGAUCAAUAUUAAUACCCCAACCAUUUGAGAAUUCCUACUUCAGUCUGAGUUUCUAGUUGAAUGCUUUUCUCCACCCUCACUCUUCCAUACUGCUAUAUUAACUUCAAGCUUCAGCUUCUUCCAUUGAGUCUAUCUACAAGACAGAAUGACACUGACAUUUGUGAAAAGUUGUAUUCCUGAUGUUAUGCCUAAACUGUAGGUAAGCUUACUGGGAAGCAGCAGAGACCCCAUGGAAAUUUUUCUUUACUACCCACAUCUAAAUUGCUAAAGGCUUUCAGCUGCAUCAGUUUUAGAUUGAGAACUAAUCAACCCUGACAACAGUAGCACAUUUUGAAAUUAGAGCUUUCAGCUAGUCCUGCAUUCAUUAAUCAUUCUGGCUAACCAUCUAGUUUGGCUUGAUUGGAUUUGAUGGUGUAAACAGAAAGAAUGCAAUUAUUUUCACGACUUUAUGUAAACAGAAAUCAAUUCAAACUUUAAAGUUAUUGAAAUCAUGCUAUUGGAGAGGAAUUUAGAUUUGUCCCCUCAAAAUGCCUUCUUCAUGAUUUUGUUUCUGUAAUGGUGACUUGCAUAUAUAUAUAAAAUGCUUGAACUAGAGAUUUACCCUCAAAAGGAUUUAUGGUUUCAUUGGUGUUGAAGUUUUCUCCAAAAAUGUAUGUUGCAAUACAUUUAUCCCAGGCUGCCUAACAUAUAAAUAAAGAUUUUUUUUGUUCAUAUACUCU